AUGACGACUUCUAAGUUCUUGCGGCAUGCAGCAGCGGCAGCUGCUGCUGUGGUUAUACUGGGCACAUUCCAAGGCCCGUCAGAUCCCAGCAACCGACUAAGUUUUUGUGGUUUGAAUGCGGGUUACAUCUGGGCUGUUGAAGCUGGGGACUCUAACGGUCUCGACGGUGAGGACGGACCAAGUGAUUUGACGGGAGGUGAUGGAGAGGGGCCUGAGCCUGGUCGGUCGGAAAACGGCGAUGAAAAGGACUCUUCCACAGGGCAAGUGAAUGGGGAAGGCGAGCCAGUGGUGUGUGGUUUGAAUGCGGGUUACAUCUGGGCUGUUGAAGCUGGGGACUCUAACGGUCUCGACGGUGAGGAGGGAUCAGGUGAUUUGACGGGAGGUGAUGGAGAGGGGCCUGAGCCUGGUCGGUCGGAAAACGGCGACGAAAAGGACUCUUCCACAGGGCAAGUGAAUGGGGAAGGCGAGCCAGUGGUCGGCGAUGACUCGAGCAUAAAGACGAAGGCAACCGCAAGUGAUGAUUCUAAGAAGCAGAACAAACUGAGGGGCUCUGCGUCCACCAACAAGAGUUCUUCUUCUGAGCAAUCCAAAGACCCCCUCUUGGAAAAAAUAUUCGGCGCCUUUACCGGCUUGGGAACGAUCAUCCUCUUGCUAGUCAAGCCGAAGUAUCAGGGGGCGUUGGAGUGUUUGAACGAGAAGAUAUAUCGCGAUGUGCUGAGCGGCCCAAAGAAGGUGAAGGACAACCCUCAGUUGCUACAGCAGGCGUACUCGGUGCUUCGCCGUCCUCCGCCGGUUCUGCAGGUUCCGGAACUGUUCGUUGAGUUACGUCAGGAAACAGAUAAGCGGCUUUGGGAGCAGAGACGGAAAAGGGAAAUAAGAUUCUACGAACAAAAAGGGGAACCCAUACCCGACCGGUUGCAACUUUCUGCUGAUGAGGUGAUGGCAGCUGACGCAGAGGAUCCACCCUUGCGGGAAGAGCAUCUGUCAGAAACGGAACUGGCAUCUCGCACUGUCUUGAUAGAUGGAUGGAUGAAGGAACAGUUCCGGUUGCGCUUGUACUACAGCAAACGCAUUGGCGUUCUAAAGGGGGACCCGCAGGAGCUUGUAGAAACCUUUAACCCCGGGCCAAAGUACGUAACUGUGAGCGUAGAAGAAAUCCUCGGCCUGAGCUACGAUGCGAAACUGGACCCUGAACCGGAGAUUGAGGCUUCAUCACCAGAACAGCGAUCUAGUGCUCGCGCCGCAGAAUUCUAA